CACAUGCUCAUGUAAUAAUUCUGUAAGCUUUUCGACUGUUUUCCUCAGUAUCCUUCGCUCCUUUCUCUGUACAUAAAUAGCACAAACUGAUAAUUAUAAAUCUUCUCUUUAACCAGCAACAUGAAACCUUAUAUUGUCUCUUCUGCUCCUUUUCCUCUUGUAAAAUUUCUCUCUUUCUCAUCACAAAUGGGGGAAAAGGCAGAGCCAAUUAGUUCACCUAUUCACACAUUAGCUUCUGUUCCAUUUCAAUGGGAAAAAGAACCUGGAAAACCUUAUAAUAAUCUCCCAAUUAACUCUACUUCCAAUAAUAAUAUUAAGCCAAAAUGCUUAGAGCCACCUCCAAGACUUUACUCUAUAAACACACCAUCACCCAACGCUCUCCUUGAUGGACCUUAUAAUAUCAAUGUCAUGCCCAAGUUUUCCUCAUCUUCCUUUAGGUUCUUGAAAAAUAGUACUACUAGCAAAAAUUGGUGGAAGCUGAAUGUUAAACGUAAGGGUGGUAAUAGUAGCUCUUCUGUCUUUUUAUCUUCUAUGGGUUCAGUAGAUUCUAGGGAUGAAAGUGAUGAAGGAAGAAGUAGCAGUGCAAGAAUGGCAAGUUUUAGAAGAAAUGGAAGCUCAUCCAAUCUCUCUGCUAGCAAGUCUCACAUAUGGGCACAUAUAUACGAGGGUUUCAAGAAGGCCAUACCAUGGAAGAACAGCAAGUCAAAGAAUGGCUCAUCAUAUAACUUUCAACACCAGCAGCCAUUUUAAUCUUAAUGGAGAAUUGUUGGAUGUUGUUGGUCUAGUACUACUAGAAAAUAGAAAUCCUUGUUAAAAAUGCAUGUUAUUAGUAAUUGUGUUUGGACAUGAAUUUUAUUUGGAAAAAAAAUAAAAGUAUGUAUUGAAGCAA